UCGAGAUUAACGGCGUCGUUACAGCUCGUCUCAAAAUCACUUUCAUCCUAUUUUGCCGUAUCAUUUUGCUUGCAUCCGGGCUUCCGCUGUACGAAAAUCUGCCAAACAAAUUAAAGGAGGGAAAUAUCAAAAUACUGUAAUUUGACUGUAGUAAAAUGGUAAUGUAGCCAUUUAUUCAUUCGCCUAUUAAUUUUUGUAUAUACCUACGUCUAAUUCGCAAAGUUCCAAGGCAAGCACGAUAUUAAGUGGUUCUAAUGUAUUAAAAAUGGAAGAAAUACGUUCAAGACACAAAUCAAUUCAAAGUGCGGCGCAUCAUAUUGCACUGGAAUGCAUUCAUCCUCAGUCAACGCACGGCUCGCCCUACCACGUCCAUCCGUAUCCUUCCCCAGUCCGUCUACAACAUGCAUUCCAAGCUCAGCAAAGUCCACAAAUGUUCCAUCCUAAAGGACUCAAGCCUCAUAUCGAUCCGAGAGCGUUCGCCACACCAAGUGAAAGCCCAAUAUUGGGUCGAGCACUCUGCCUCACUCCAAAAGGCAGCCCGAUCCCUGGUCGAGUUUCACACCUCAAUGAGAAGUUUCAAGACUCUCUCACCCUUAAUUCGGACACUGAUGCGCUUGUUGCCAAAAUAAGUGCAAUGUUUCCAACUGUUAGCGAAACGCAUAUAAAAAUUUUACUCAAAAAAUAUUACAACCGUGAAGCAGUAGUGAUCAGUGCUCUUCAAGUGGAGAAACACCCGAUCACGACUCCGGGGCCUCUAACGAUGUCACCUUCAACAACGCGCUUACAAAAAAGUGCUCUCGGCGUUUACUCGGCAUUGCAAUUUGCCAAGGGGAUGUCAGGAUCUAUGCACAGUUCCAAUCAUUUCACGCCUUUGACGGGUACUCCACAAGGGUCACCAUUAUUACUACGGCCAGCGUCUGGUGCUUCCAGCUAUUAUGCUAAUACAAAAAUUGUUGAUGCGCAAACUAAGCAUCAAUCACCAAAAAUGAAAUUAAAGUACUUAAAAAGUGUAUUCCCAAAAGCCGAGGAAACAUUAAUUCUGGAUGUAUUAGCUAAUAAAGACAACAAUGUGCAAAAGGCUAGCGAAGAGCUUCUUUCUAUGGGGUUCACAAAGAAGGAGACUAUACUGACUCAACAGAAGAAGAAAGACAAAGAAAUACCACAACCGCCUAAGAAAGUAGUUAUAGUAAAGACUGCAGAAGAAAAAAAUGAAUUGAAGCGGAAACUUCAAAACAAAUACAGCAGAGUGGCGGAAAGGGUUGUGUCCAUAGCAUUAGAGAGUGUAGAUUUUAACGAAGAGCGGGCUGAACAAAUACUGACGGCUGUCGAACAAGAAGAGGAGACGCCAAAAGUGGUUAUCACUACAGAACUCAAGGAUAUGAGGCGACCUGACACGGUUGAUUUGAAAAAAGGCAUCAGCCCGGUGGAGCACGAGCGGAGUCCGCCCGCCGCGCCAGUGGCACGCCGCCUCAAGACGUGGACCGAGCAUUUAAAACCCAUUCUGAAAACGACCAACAAUGCCGAAUCUAAACACAAAUCUCAAUAUUCCGGCGCAAAUGUCGGAGCGAAUCCAUUCCUUCGACAGGGACCUAAGGAUGACUUACUUUUGGAAGACUACAUGACAUGGAAUGGUCCAAAUCCUGACCUUCAUUGCGGUCCAUCGGUUAAACCCGAUGGACCUGAACUGAGAAGUAAAACGUUCUCCUUGGCCCGCGGUCCUUCUGGUUUAGCCAAAGGGCCUGGAGGAUUAGCGAAAGGAUCUAUCUAUCAGAAGCUUAACAAGAAAUCUGCUAAAAUAGUCGUUUAAAUCAUCUUUAUUCCGAAAAAACUCUGCGAUUUUCGAGUGCAAUAGUGAAGAUAUAUUUUUUUAUGAUGCAGGUUUGAUUUAUAAAUAACAUAUCAAAUAAAAAGCUCUUGCAGUUUACAACUUUAGAAUUUUUUGUAGACCAUAUACUAAUAUAACUAAGUAGGAGUAAAGUUUUUAUCAUGAUCAGUAUUCAUUAGGUAUUCAUAAUAGGAGGUAGCGUUUGAAAUUACCGUUUUGUAUUGAAAAAUUCGAACAUAUUAUUUCUACGAAAAAAAAAACAUUAUUUAAUCGAAGUAAUCCGCAGUGUCUAUUCGUUCCUGAUAUCCCUAGGGAAGGGCAUUUAUGCCUUUGCAAUAGAACUCUAGGAAUCUAGACUCUACAAAGCCUAUUAAGGCAUUUCGUACCGUUUCCUGUGAGCAAUAUAUUUUUACUUUAGCAAAUUGUCCAAAUCCAAAAAAUGAUAAUGAUGGCAUAAUAAUAUGGUAACCACGUCAAACUCGUAUUCCAUAUAAUAUUAUUGUUGUAUUUUUGCUUUAGAGACCGUUACCAAAAAAAGGCCGGUUAUUACAUCUUUGUGCCAAGUUUUGUAGAUCUAUAUAAUAUUUAAUGAAUAUUUAAUUUAUUGACUGUGAUUUUAAUGAUCUGUUUUGUUAAAAAGUAGUUCGUCUUAAGUCCUGUUUGUUUUAUAUAAUACAUUUCUUUUAGGACAUUGGUCCAAUUGAUAAUCAAUUUUCAGUUUUAUUUCAACUGUUACGUAUUGUGUGAAGAUAUUAUCUUACCUACUAUUUUAUGAGGCUAGUUAUACUUAAUAUUAAAAGAACUGUUUUUCAAGAACGUAUUAGAUUUUUUAGAGAAUUUAUUUUGGGUCAUGUGCACGUUAUUAUUAAUUAUUUUAUAUAUCUAAAUGUACGUAUAAAGUGAAGUGUACCAAGGAACUCCAUUAUAUUGCUUCCGGAACUAAAAAGUAGAAUGGAAUAAUUUUGUAAUAGUUAUUCUUUAUAGGUCCAUGGUAAUAGGAUAGUAAUUUUAAAUGUUUGUAAGGUAAUAAUUAAUAUUUAGGAAUUUUGGUUAUCUUCAAUCAAGUUCAAUCUUCCUAAAAUGCUUAAUAGGUACUUCCAUACAUACAAAAUAAUAUACUGAAUAAACUCGUAAUAAAACUACGUAUACAUUUUGUUUAACAUAUUUAUAUUUAAGUAGGUAUAGUAAUAUUUUGAUCUCAAUUGGUAGUUUAAUCAGAGAAUGAGGCAGUUAGCACCAGGCCUGAUUUUAUCCGGUUAAUUAGUCUGAGUAGUUUUAUAUUUGUCUGCAAACUGUACGAUGUAAAGAUUCUGGUUAUUAUAAAAUUGUAAAAAUACCUAAAUAUGAAAAAGGAAAUGGUAUUUUGGGUCUCUUAAAAUUCCCUCCAAUACGCAUCGAAUGUAUCAAAUAUUCACUUAUACUUAAUCUUAUUAAAAAUGUAUUUAUUUUUUUAUAUUAUAAAUAUUAUAGUUAAAUAUUAUAGGUAGGUACUUCAAGAAAUAUUUUGUAAUACCGACCGUAG